AUGUUUCGAAUGCUUUUCAAAGAGUUCAAUGAUGGGAGAAUGGAUCCUUCUACAAGGUUACGUCCCAUUGACAAGUCCUCACGGUCGAGGAAGAGGAAGAGGGGCCUUACAGACUCGGAGGCUGCAGCCAGAGGACGCAGCGGUUCGUCGGCGAAUCUAAAGUUCGAUGCGCCGGACGUGGCGAGCCCCUGCAGCGUGUGCGGGAAGCGGUUCGCGUCGUGGAAGGCUUUGCUCGGGCACAUGCGGAGCCACCCGGACCGGCAGUGGCGGGGGGUGCACCCGCCGCCCACUUUCAAUCGAGAAGAGUCGCCGGAGAAUGUUGGGCAGGCGGCACCGUGCGGCGAUCAAGAGGCGGCGGGGCCGUCGAGCACAGCUGCUGAUCCGAGGAGGGGCUUGGACAUUGAUUUGAACGUGCAGCCUCAUGACGACUAUUUGGACCAAGGCCUCCCUGAAGAUCCUGCUUCUUCUUCUGUGGCUGUUUUUGCCAUUGAUCUUAACGUGCCUGCGCCUCCAGACAGCGAUGAGGAUGGUGACGAUGAGUGA